UAUAUUCUUGUUUACCUAUCCCUGCAGCAAGGAGGCCUGGGAGAGAUGAAGAUAGCAUUGCUGUCUGACUUUAACAAGAAGAUUGCAAGGGACUAUGGAGUGCUGCUGGAGGAUGCUGGGAUUGCUCUCAGGGGUCUGUUCAUUAUUGAUCCCCGUGGGAUCAUCAGACACAUGAGUGUGAACGACCUCCCCGUGGGGCGCUCCGUGGAUGAAACCAUCCGGCUGAUCCAGGCCUUCCAGUUUGUGGAGAAGCACGGAGAGGUGUGUCCUGCAGGCUGGCAGCCGGGCGGAGACACGAUCAAACCAGAUCCAAAGGGAUCGAAGAAGUAUUUUGACAAGUCGAGCUAGAUGUCAGGAGUGAGCAGUCACAGGAUCAUAGUCUGCAGGUAGAUGGAAAAAUGUCAUCCCACCCACCACCAAUUCAUUUGUAAAGCCGUUGAUAAAGUCACAGCCCAUAAGUAUUACCUAAACUUGUGACUAAUAUUUUACAUUUAACAGUUUGCAAACCAGGAAGAAUAGUACAAUCUUUGAACAUAAAUACCUAGUAGGUUUGUACAAAGUGGGAAACUACGCUCUGCCACUUGUGUGUUGCGUGACUAAAUUGUAUCAAACUGGACAAAUUUGUGCUAAGUUACUGAGUGAAGCUGUCAAGUACAAAAAUGUAGUCAUAUUUUGUGCACCUAUUAUCAUGUAGCCUACUAUAGAAUUUAUCCAAACUUUUUUGUUGUCACAUCAUGGAGCUUAGUAUCAAAUUUAUGGCUGGGAUUUGUGUGAUGUGUUGUGCUAGUACAAAUGCAAUAUAUGGUGUCUCUUCAAGCUCA